AUGGUGCCGGCGCGAACGAGUCGCGACACGUUGCAGCUCGAAGCCUACAGCGACGCUGACUACGCAACGGACAGGGCGGAUCGCAAGUCGCUAUCGGGAAGCGCUGUGCUACACAAUGGUAUGGCGGUAUCGUGGACCGCGAAGAAACAGGGCGGGAUAAGUCUAUCAACAACGGCGUCGGAGUUCGUCGUGGCGUCGGAAGUGGCGCGCGAGCUCAUUGGUUUGCAAUAG